AUGCAUUUGCCAGAACUUCUAACUACCAACACAAGCAAACCCUUGCCUAUCCAUAUGUCCCGGAGAAGAAUCUUGAACUCAGUAAAGCCAUCUUCAGCAUUUCGAUUUUGGUGGCGUUACACCAUGUUCUCACCAGAGUUAUCAAUUACUUUAGCCCUGCUCUCUACCGUGACAAGCAAUUUUCUUUUUCGGAGAGAAGAUGAGCUAUUAUCAGAAAUUAUCUGCUGGGUCUCUUUACCCCUGAUUCAUAGGAUAUGCGCCUCCAACGAAAAAAACGAUUCAGAUUCAAGAUUUCUCACCAACAUCGAGUUCCGGCCGGCCCGUCCGCUCAGCCUGUGGGCUGUCGCCGCAUGUCUAUCAAUAGUGUCCUUUUUUCGAGCCGAGGCAAACUCGGCGAAGCUUUUACCCGCCGUGACGGCCAUUUCUCUCUUCUCCGUCCUCACACUCGCAAAUUGGAGUUACAGGGGGCUCAUCCCAUCCUUUAUUGUCAGUAGUUCUUCUUUUGUUGUUUACGGCGCAUUUCUGGUCGAGAAUAGGCAAAGAUCGAUACUGCCUACCCUACCGCCAUUUGAAAAAUGCAUUUACUCCCUUGCACCAAGGGUAGUAGUUGUACUUCUGAUUGCCCUUUUUGCAAGAGUGUCAUUGAUUGGACUACCAUCAAGCAAUGCCCUAUCUUCUUUACUGUUGGGAAUUAUGAAAGCCUUGGCCUGGUUCUACACCGCCCAAAGUGCUCACUGCUCUUCCUGGAGUCUAGCAUCGAUGCUAGCGUCCUUCAGUUUACUGUCUACCCACAAUCCAUUCAACUUCUCAUCGGAGAGUCAGGCUGUAUCACACGUACUGGGAUCUUUACUUACCCUUGCACAAAUCUGUGGAGUUCUUCCGAAGCAAGUCAGACCAAAAUGGGUAUUGAUCUCUGCCAUUCUUCUACCUUUAAUCCCGUACUCGGCAACCAUCGUUACCAUCCACAGAGCCCAAUUAGAGGCCCAGACUUUCAGUGAAAGUAACUCCCAUCCCGUGGAAGUUCUAUUCAACCGUUCCCGAUAUGGGUUUCAAAACAUGCUGGCGAGACAAUCCACCAGUUAUGAAAUGGCAUCCAGCGAGUAUCGAUCGAGAUACGGUCUCGACCCACCACCAGGGUUCGAGAGUUGGUUCCAACGAGCAAGGUCGCUCGGGUCGCCCUUGAUUGACGAGUUUGAUACGAUACAUCGGUCGAUAUCUGCGCUGCGAUCUUUCAGUGGAAAGGACAUCCAAAAGGCAAUGAGAGAAUCUCUAAGACUACCAGGGAUAGAUUUAUGGCUCUGUCAAUUUUCGAGUGCAACACUAAAGACGGAAUGUAGUCAUCUACACCAGACAUUUGACCGGCACAUGUCACGAAUGUUCAACAGCACUUUGAUGAACGCUACAGAACUUCCUGACGUCCAGUUCCUGGUUAACCACAUAGAUGAACCCAGAGUUCUCGACCACUCUGCACAAGACGGGAAGAUAAGUGUUGAGAACCACAGCCACAAGUCUGUUUGGGACUUAAUCACAAUGACUUGUCAUUCAAUCCAUGAUGGGGAAAAAGAGGAAGAUGGUAUCAAAAACUCCGGACUGCCAUUCGUUACCAACGUCACAUCAAGCCAAGAUCUGUGUCGGCAUCCUGAAUAUAAUGACCGGCAUGGCCUCACAUCGAGUCCUGUCUCUUUCCGCCCCAUCAAAGGCCCACUUCCUGUGCUCUCAACAGGUACACUAUCUACAAUGAGGGAUAUUUUGUUCCCAAGUCCUGCAUAUACAGAGAGCGAGUUUAUAUAUGACGAGGCAUCGGAUGUUGAAUGGGAUCAAAAGCGCAAUGGUCUCUACUGGGCUGGAUCGACCACUGGAGGGUACGCGACCAAUACCAAUUGGCAACUCUUCCACCGACAGCGAUUCGUGGAGCUAGCACAAAAUCAAAAGAAGAGAAACUACUACCUCAGGAUCGAAAAUGGCGUUGCCAAACGUGUAGAAUCUUCUUUCCUCAACGGAAGAUUGUUCAAUGUCGCAUUUACACGUAUCUUUCAGUGUGAAAGAAAAUCUUGCAGGGAUCAGGAUGCGCAUUUUGGAAUUAAAGCAUGGGUCGACAAAGAUGCAGCACUAAAAUCAAAACUCGCUUUUGACAUUGAUGGUAAUGGUAUUAGUGGUCGCUUUUACAAGUUGCUUGCUUCAAAAUCAAUGCCGCUAAAGCAGACACUUCUUCGGGAAUGGCAUGAUGACCGUCUUGUACCAUGGCUACACUACGUACCUGUAAGCCAGAGCAUGGAGGAGCUUCCCGAGUUAGUGUCUUUUCUUACACUAACGAAAUCUGGUCAAAGGAUUGCCAAGGAGAUAGCAAUGAAUGGCCGGGAGUGGUAUGCAAGAGCCUUUCGUGAAGCCGAUCUUGGUCUGUAUAUAUACAGGUUAUUACUGGAAAUGGCAAGGCUUCAGAACACAGAGCGCACGCCAGGUAGCUAG